AUGGUAACUUUACCUUGAAAUGAUGAAGACUGAUUGGAAAAGAAGACAUAUUCUCUUGAUCAAACAGUUUGAAAAUGGUUGAAUGGACAUCUGAGAAUCAAAAGUAAUAAAAUAUUAGAUGGUUCCAUUUUUCUUUAUGUUUGAUAUUUGAGAAGUUUUGAUAAAUUGUGGGAGAACGAACCUUGGAUUAAUUUAACAAGAGUUCCAGUUAUUGUGAUAUAGAGUUUUUGAUGUUUGUACUUGAGAAGCUAAAACAAGAACAGUAACAUUGGAUUAGGAUAGUGGUGGUGUUGAUGGUAAUAGUGGUGAAGAUGAUGAUGAAGAUGAUGAUGGUGACCAUGAAGAUAAUGAUAGUGAAGAGAUGAUGGUUGUGGGUGAUGGUGAAGAUGAUGGUGGUGGAGGUGGGUGAUGGUGAUGAUGGUGGUGGUGAAGAUGAUGGUGGUAGUGAAGAGAUGAUGGUGGUGGUUUUGAUGAUGGUGGUGGUGAAGAUGAUGGUGGUGGUAGUGGUGGAAGAUGAUGAUGAAGAAGAGACAGUGGUAGUGAAGAGAUGAUGGUAGUGGUUUUGAUAAUGGUGGUGGUUUUGAUGAUGGUGGUGGUUUUGAUAAUGGUGGUGGUUUUGAUAAUGGUGGUGGUUUUGAUGAUGGUGGUGGUUUUGAUGAUGGUGGUGGUUUUGAUGAUGGUGGUGGUUUUGAUGAUGGUGGUGGGUUUGAUGAUGGUGGUGGUUUUGAUAAUGGUGGUGGUUUUGAUGAUGGUGGUGGGUUUGAUAAUGGUGGUGGUUUUGAUAAUGGUGGUGGUUUUGAUGAUGGUGGUGGUUUUGAUGAUGGUGGUG